AUGAUUUGCGUAGAGUGCUCUACACCCAUUCAGACGCUCUAUGAGAAAUAUAAGGGGGAUCAUAUUCGAUUGACGAUAUGCUCUAACUGCCACAAAGUUGCAGACCGAUAUAUAGAAUUUGAUAAGGUGCUGUUAUUCAUCGAUCUGAUGCUUUUGAAACCUCAGGCCUAUAGACACACGAUCUACAACCAAUCGUUGAACUAUGGAGCGGACUCUGCAGAUGGAAAAGGAGAUUUACAAAGCCAUAAAAGAACUUUCUUUCAACGACAUGGCCCGUUCUUGCGCCUGCUGGUGCUCAUGCUUCUAUUCGAGGUCUACCUGACCUGGGCCUACGAGGAAAAGAACUACUUGGAAAACAUAUACAGGACGUCAUUGAUCAACCGGAUAGUAUUGGAGCUGCCAAGAAUCAUGUCACAGUACUCAUUUUUUCUCACAAAGGCCGUUCUCGAUACCGUGGUUUUGCAUUUGUCGCUUCAAUUCUUCAUAUACAAACUCCUUGGAUUUGGAUAUCCGAUAACAGUCGAAUUUGAAAAUCAUGUGCCUCUGUCGUCUCUCAAAGCUUUGCCGUCCAAUGAAUCACCUCGAUUAGCAAGGUCUACGUCAUCUUCGUCGUCUACAUCAUCAAGCCCUACGCACAUCCAAAGAGUACACUUUUCCAGAGAAUAUUUCAUCAGCAUCAUUUCCUCCACCAUCCUGCUCUCCAACCUCAUAAAGCUCUUCCCGAUUGUGAUGCUUAUCUGGCCAUACGACAUAUUCAUUUUGAAUGUCACAGCAAACAUGGUACAAAUCAUACAUCUUGUCAUUCUCAUCGAGGCCAUCCAUAUCGUAUUACUACAAAAUCAGAACAAUCACUACUGGAAACUCUCGCUGAUAGUUUUCACGAGCUAUAUAAUCAAACUCGUUGUCUCCAGGCUUCUAAUCAUGUCGGUCUUCCGGCUCAUGUACCGUCUACCGUUCAAAACACUGAUUUUGGAUGAAAUGCAUCAAAUCCAACUGAAGUUGGAGCUGGUGACCGAAUUGUUCAAAUAUGUGGGUCUUUAA